AAGAUAACUACCUUCACCUCUGUUGGACCCUCCUCUUUUGGUCAGCGAUGCUAUGGGUAUUGCCUCAUGUGGGUUGGUGGUGGUUCUUUCUUCUACUUGCUGCUCCACAACCAGGUGCCUCCUGGUACAAGCACUCUUCUAGCCCCAGGUAUCACACAGUGGGCAGAGCAUCAGGGCUCUUGAUAGGGGUGAGAAGGUCACCCUACCUUUGGAGGAGAAAUGUGAGUGGAGACAGAUGGAUAGACAACCAGAAAGGAGAUCUUCAUGGAAAUGAAAUUGUCCAUGGGCUUCUGGAAGAUGCAAAUACUGAACGUUUGCUUUAUCCUGGUCCAGAUGAGGUCAGUAAUAGUAUGGAAGAAACUUUAAGGUGGAAGACAGACAGGGAGCUGGAAGACAGAGCGAUGGAAAAGGUGAUUAGGGGUCUUCAGGAACAAGAGGAAGAAAGACGAAGCCUAGAAGAGGUCAAGAGGAGAGACCAACAGCUAACGAAUCUUGAGGAGUCCUUGAGAAGUUUGCCCAUGACAGAAGAAGAGGAGAGAAGUCUGGAAGAGGUGAGGAGAGGACGCCAAAUGCCUUGGGAACAAAAGACUGAUGUGGAUAUUAGAAGGUUCCAGGUGCAAGCAGAACCAGAGAGAGGUCUGGAAGAAUCUUGGAGAAGACUCCAAGCGGCAGGAGAACCCAUUAUGAAUGUGGAAGAAGUCAAGAGAAAUCUCCAAGUGCCUGGAAAGCAGAGCUGGAGCUCUGCAACGAAAAUGCCUGGGGAGGGCACGAUGUAUCAACUGGAGAAGAGCAGGGCAGUAUUGCAGCCAUGGAGAAGAAAUACCAGGACCGAAACCCAGAGUUUGCAUGCCAGCUCUGGGGAGAAAGAAAUUCUCAACUGUGAAGACUUCAUGUUGACUUUAUACAAGGUCCUUUGCAAAGCCAGCCUUCAAUUCUUCUCUCGUUCCCAACUAAGGUCCAAAAGAGAGUUACCUGCAGUAAAUGGACCUGGUUCAGCACUAUGAGAAUCAGAUGACACAAGACUCAGCCUGACCUUUACUUGUGGAACUUGACACGAUUCCUAUUUAUUUUCAACUACCAGAGGUGCAAUCACUAAGGGUGAAUUAAGGAUGAGCGGAGGGCAUCUUUUUUGAUGACCAAGAAAAAAGUUAAGGCCUGUAAAUCAGUGUCCCAGGAUCUCUGCACAACUCUAAGCUAACGUAUAAAUUCAACCAUAGUGGAAUAAUUCACCAGAUUUUCUGCAGAAGGAUUAAUCAAUAUUAUUAUAUAUUAUAGAUUAGUGUACAAUUAAAAAACUAAAAUUCUA